AUGGGCAGCUGUCACUCUCCUAGCAAUGCUGACCAAGCAGAACCCCUUGCUAACGAUCUCUCGUACCAUAUCUUGACGACGUAUAUUGCCGCGGGAACCACCAUCUGCACAUGGGCCGUUUGCAGUCUCCUGACACUUGCACACCUGGCGAGAUAUGCUGCACCACGACGACAGAAGCAAAUUGUCCGCCUUAUUUGGACGCCAGGAGUGUUUGCCAUUUUCAGCUUCUUCGGAGUCUGGCAUUACAACCUGGCCAACUACCUGACUCCGAUCGCCGAGCUCUACGAGUCCUUUGCACUCAUUGCACUGUUCUUUCUUCUGGUUGCCUGCGUGGCGCCAGAGUACUUUGAAGGACAGCUUCAGUAUUUUGCUACCAACCCUGGGACUCCCAAACCUUCAAAUGCUGCAAGCGUCAACUGGUUUCGCAAGACUUGGAUCACCGUGAUUCAAAUUUUGCCCACCCGCGUGGUCACCGUCACUGCCACAGAGAUUGUCGAAGCAACACAGUGCCACGGAACCACGUCCUAUCAGCGGGCUAUGACCAUCAUCAGCAUUGUUCAGGGGUUGCUGACUGCGACCUGUCUCAUCGGCAUCUCCAAGUUCUACUCGAGAUUUCGCAGCCAGCUCCACGUUGCCGACCGACGUAUCCUUUAUAAAAUGGGCGUGUUCAAGCUCCUCGUCUUUACCCAGCUUGUACAAAGGAUCAUCAUCAAUGCCCUCUCGCAGAGUGACGUCCUGAAACCAACCGAGCAUCUGAGUUACAAUGACCUCAAUCUCGGGUUGAACUCCUUCCUCAUCUGUCUGGAGACUUUUGUGCUUGCGAUUCUGUUCGUCUGGCCGUUCUGGCCGCACAAGGCGUUUGCGAAUUCGAGGGCAGGGAUUCUUUCGGCAGCUCUAGACGCCAUCAACCCUUGCGAUUUUUUUGCAGGGAUAGUUGGUACUGCACGGCUCUGCCGAGGAAUCCAUCCUGACAAAACUCUUCAAACUGGACCUGUCGAUAAUGAGCAACAUGAAUAUGCGCAUCAAGAGGGGUCGGUGGGGAACAAAUUGACCAGCGUUGACAGUAGUUAG